AUGAGUGACACUUCAGAAGACGACAAGGAGAUCUCCUUUCGAGUGAAGUUUCUUGGGCGGGUUGAGGUAGUUCGCCCUGAUGGACUACAGAUCCUGGAGGAAGCAGCUCGGAGCCUCCAGACGCCUGAUGAAUACUCCACAGAAAAGGCAGCAAAGAAAAGCAAAGUCCACCUCUUCCUGUCCCUUACUGAGAUAGACAUAUUGGAAAACAAAACCAAGUUCCUGUUGUACCCGUGUCCUCUCUCCACCGUUUCCUUCUGUGCCAUCCUGCCGUCCUCACACAAAGUCUUUGGCUUUGUGGCCAGACACCCUGCAGCCGACACGUACCACUGUUAUCUGUUCCAGAGCAAGAAGUUUAGUCAUGUGCUGGUCUCAUUGAUUGGAGAUGCGUUCCGAGCAUCUAAGAAAGUGGAGAGCGUCAAGGGAGGACGAGAUCUGAUAGUGGAGGCGCUCAGACAUAAGAAUAAAAUGCUGCAGAGAGAGAACACUGAGGUGAAGAAGAGGCUCGCAGGACAAAAUGAUUUGAUUAUUGGAACGCAGUGA